UCAUUUUGCAACUGUGUUUUGUUUUUGUUUAAUAUCAUUUGCUAUGGCAACGCGUAUCAUUGUAAAUAUUCCAUAAAAUCGCGGGAGACUAUUGUUAUUGGAUUAUUUUUAUAUCGGGAUGAGAGGCUAGACACUGUUGCCGAAUUUACUCUCACGACGGCUUGUAUCUAAAGUAGGCUGUGACAGUGACAAUGUUCUUAAAUUUGAAUUUAUUGUAUUACUUGUAUUGUGUUGGAGGAUUUUUUCGUUGAAAAUCAUAAAAAUUGUGAAGUAACUUCAAGUUUAAAUGUUUGACUCUGCUCGGAGAUGAUUGGUUAAAGAACCCAACGAAUACCGAAAUAUUUGCAAAAUGUCAAUGUGGAGAACUGUCAAAAUUUAGAAAAUGACAGUAUUUUAGUACGAAUUUGCGAAUCUAAUUAAAAAGGAAUAAUUAUUGUCAAGAGAUAGGAUUAAAAAGAUUAAAAUCUUAAGCGAAACGAAUAUCAUAUUCCACGUUAUUUAUCGUUAUUUACGCAAGUAUUAAAUAUAUACAGACAGGCAUAUAACCUUAAAGUGCGCUAUAAGUUUAAAUAUUAAUUAAAUCUUGUCGCGCAAUAACAUUAGAUCAUUUUAUUUUUUUACUGAUAUUACUUGUGCAAUAUUAUGAAAGUAUAUAAUGGAGGUUUCAGAGACAAGAAAUCUUGUUAGAGAUUUGGAUUUAACCCUACAACCUCGUAUAUUUCCACGAUAUAAAACUUGGCUUCCCCUUGCUACACAACAGUUAAGACUCAGAAAUCUUAUACAAAUAAUAGGAUGCAAUCUGAAAACAGAUAUGAAUAACGAAAUUUGUUGGUUUUAUUAUACAUUACAUAGAACAAGCAUGUCUUCUCCUAUAUAUACAAGCGAGGCAAUCGACAAUGUAAAUCCAAGAUGGUCAAGUUUAGAAGUACCAAUUAUAUAUGCCACCAGUUAUUCUACUGCCAAUGAAGUCAUUGUAAGAUUAUGGAAAAGGAUGAUCAUCGAUAAUGUAACAACUGAUUUGACCAUAUUUACGUGGGGCGUAUCUUUUACUGGCUUGGCAUAUAUUGGUCCAAAAUUACCAAAUAAUUUAGAAACUAUUUUGAAAGAAAAUUCUUUAAUUUUCCAAUUUCAUGGUGGAUAUUUUACUCCCAUAUACUGUUUUGUUGAAAUUCCUGAGUUAAAAAGGUAUCUACGUAUAAAAGUCAAUACAUCUGAAAUAAGAGAUAGUUACACAGUGAGUAAGCUUAGCAGCUUAAGAAAUAAAAUGCAAGCAUUGAAACAGCAAACAGAAUCAGUACAGACACUUCGGAUGCAAAUUGCUUCUGGAGAUAACUUUCAUACGUCAAAGUAUUCACAAUCCUCGUUAAACAGAUUAUUUCAACCUCGUAAAGUAAACAGGGAGAAGAAGGCAGAAAUAUUAAAAAUACGCAAAGAAUUAGAGGUAGCAAAAUUUAGAACAAAAUUGUUAGAACAAGAAAGAGCAAGAAAAAUGGGAGAAUUGAGAGUGUUGAAUCAGAUACAUUCUAAUAUUAUGGAAGAAAAUCAAGAUUAUGGUUCCACUUUAAUGGAAAGGUAUAGAGAACUAAAUAAAGACAUUGAGAGACUACACGAAUGGCGCCAAAAUCAAAUAGAUACGAGAGAAACAUAUAUUCAGUUGAGUAGUCAACUUGCUCAUAGAAGAAAACAAUUGAUUUCGGAAUUAAGCUUGAUAUAUCCCAUUUCUCAGGGUGGAAAUGGAAAAUUUAGAAUACACGAUGUUCAUUUACCGGAUAGCGAAGAUUUAGAAUUAUCAAAUGACACUGUAGUUGCUGUAGCAUUGGGAUUCGUUGCACAUACUACACAAAUGAUUGCUAAUUUUCUUAACAUACCUACUAGAUAUCCUAUUAUACACUAUGGGUCACGUAGCAAAAUUAUAGAUCAUAUUACAGAAAAUUUACCCGAUAAUGAAAGACAAUUUCCUCUAUUUGCUCGAAGUAAAGAUAAAUUACAGUUCCGUUAUGCUGUUUACUUACUAAAUAAAAAUAUAGCUCAAUUAAGGUGGUACUGCGGCCUUCCAACAACAGACUUAAGAGCAACGCUUCCAAAUCUUGCUACUUUGAUAAAUAUUAAACCAAGUCAAUCUCAUUUGGAUAAUUCAAAACGGACGUAUUCUACUUCGUCUUUAGAUAUUGAAGUUGGAAACAGUAAACAAAGUAUAACGCCACCGAUACGAAAAAUAAUUUUUGAAAAAUGUCACCGAUCUUCACGAUCUAUGUGCCAACUGAAAAGUAUAAAAUCUUCUCUUGGUUCUUCUUUGGACCAAGGUUUAGAUAAACCAGUGCAGUCCCUUGUUUUAGGUAGUCAAUCGAAACGAAUUUGUAAGUCGGAAGAAAGUGCUAUAGACAAUAAAACAUUGGUACUAGUAAAAGAUAGAUCAAGUAAUAGUAGUAAUGAAACUUUAAAUAAUGCUAUUUUAAAUAAUAUAACAAAUAUUGAUGACAAUUCUCAAAUAAAUAAUGAAAGUGCGAUAGAAAAUAACAUCGAGAUUAUGAUACCAACUUCAGUGUCGAAGUCGACUAAUGUUACAGAUAGUUUUGAGGGUUCUGUAAGUGUAAGAGAUCGAAGCUCAAAUUCUAUAAGUAGCUGCGAAAUGGCACUUACUAGCAGUCAAAACGGGGAUGACGUUUCAAAUGAUAAUAACGUAAUUAAAAAAGAUGAAACUGUAGAACCUAUUUCGUUUAUUAAUGAUAUUUUAAUAAAUAUCACUGAUGUAGAUAAUACUUUAAAGAAUGAAAGGCACGAUAAAGAUUAUAAUUUAGAAAAUGAAGCUCCAGAAGAUUGUGAUAAACUCCAAAUGGCACCUAAUGAUAAAAGUUUUAGCGACCAUGAGUAUAAUUCAGUUGCAACAGAACCGUCAAUGUGUAGCAAAGAACAUUUUACUAAAUCAUGUUUGUCUUUAGACGAUAUAAUGUCUUGUGCUUAUGAAGAAACUGAGAAGAAACAAAGGACAAAUUCUAUUUGUAGUUAUCCAGAAGAAUAUCUUUCAUCGAAAUAUCUUACGUCGCGAAAACGAUAUAAUUCUGAAUCGAAAAAAGAUCGAGUAGAUUCUGUACACUCUAAAAAUUGGUGCCACAAGAAUACAAACAGAGAAUCAAUGCUGGAAACGGAAUUGAUACAAACAGCACAGAAAUCGGAUUGUUAUUCAUAUGACGAAACAACCAAAUGUGACUUUCAAACAUCAAGCGAAUACAUAGAUAUCAUUAAACGUAGUUCAGAAAAUGUAUAUGCACGCACUGAAGCUUUAGCCAGUAAGAAAACUAGUUUUAAAGUUAUGAAACGACUGUAGUAUUUACAUACUAAAAUCGAACAAAAUAUUGUCAUUGUUGUAAUAGUUGAUAUCCGAACGCACCAGAUCCAAAAAAUGUUCACUGCAUGUUACAUAGA